AUGUUCUCUCUCAAGACCCUUACCGCUACCCUCCUGGCUUCCGCCGCUGUCGUUUCGGCCGCCCCAGUUACCGCUUGCGAGGAUAAUGGACCGACCAAGACCAUCGAGCUGACGGGCGUCACUCACUCCGUCGUUGCCGGCCUUGGUGCCAGCCUCACUUUCAACCCCGACAACGUCGUCGCCGAUGUUGGAGAUAUCGUCGAGUGGCAUUUCCUCCCUCGCAACCACUCCAUCGUCCAGUCCAGCUUCGGCAACCCCUGCGAGCCCCUUGCUGACGGCUCGGGCUUCUUCCCUGGCUUUGAGUUCGCCACCGCCGAGGGCCAGGCUGAAAAUGUCUUCCAAAUUGUCGUCAAGGACAAGAACCCCAUCUGGUACUACUGCCCUCAAAACGUCGGAAACCAUUGCUCCUCCGGAAUGGUCGGCGUUAUCAACCAGAACUUCAACAACCAGGACUUCUCUCUCAGAAGACACAAGGAGAUUGCUGCCACCAAGAGCCAGUCCAUCAUCCCCCCUGUCAACCAUGUUGGCGAGGUUCUCCCUAACCCCAACCCGCUGGGUGGCUUCUAA